AAGAUGUUCAAAGUUGUAUUUCUUAUUUGCGGAUUUUUGGCUGUCCUGAUCCAGGCUCGUCCCAGCUACUUGCCGAGCUAUGAGACCGUGGAAUAUGCCCCCAGUGUCGUUGGAUAUGAACAUCUGGCCCUGCCCGCUGCUGUGUCGCAUCAGAGCUCCACAGUGGUCCAUGAGAAGCGUCCCUACUGGCGUCCCAUUGUGGAUCACACUCCGCUGCUGAAGACAGCCUAUGCUCCAGCCACUUCCAUUUCCUAUGCUCCUUUGGGGCAUACUGGAAGCAGUGCUGGAUGGUAUGGACCUGAGGUCUGGAGCGGAGCUAGCUAUCCUAGCAUCUACUUGAAGUAG